GGACACAUGCUGUACACACACCUUUAGACUCAGGAUGUUGACACUGAUGUGGAUUACAGCGUUGCUUUGUGAUAAAAUUGUAGAUUCUACACAGACAAAGGGCGUAUAUCAGCCGAAAUCGGUGAUCACUGCUGGUGUUGGUGAUAGCGUGACUCUGCACUGCCUUCGACUGGGAGAGGACAACACUGAAGCCAUUGUUUGGUACAAACAAAAAAUGGGACACGGGCUUCGUGUGAUGGUCACAGUUCAAAGGGUCUCCACUUAUGAAGAUGAGUUUAAGUCACCAAGAUACAGCAUUGAGAAAAACAAAAUGAGCUGCCAUUUAAAAAUCACAAACGUGCAACUAUCUGACGAAGCCAUGUAUCACUGUGGAUAUCGAGAUUUUUUAACAAGGUUUGGAAAUGGAACAUUUCUAGCAGUGACAGGUGAUGAAGAUGUAAAAGUGUCAGUAUCACAGAGCAGUGUGUUGGACUCGGUUCCUGCAGGAGCGUCAGUGACUCUGCAGUGCUCGGUUCUCUCUGAGAGCAGAGCAGCAGAACUCCAAGUGCUCUGGUUCAGAGCUGCUCCACCACAAUCCCAUCCUCAAAUCAUUUACACUCAUCACAACAGCAGCCAUCAGUGUGAGAGCGGCUCUUCUACACACACCUGUGUGUACAACUUCUCCAAGAACAUCCUCAGCCUCAAUGAUACUGGGACUUACUACUGCGCUGUGGCCGCGUGUGGGAAGAUCAUUUUUGGGAACGGAACAAGAGUACAACUGGAAAAAUCCUUGGAUCCUGUAGUGAUCUCUCUCACAGUAGCUUUGGGAGUGUGUAUGUGUGUGAUCUGUGUUUAUGUUGUAAGCUGUAAAGGGAGAAACUGUGAAUAUUGCAGUGGGAAUACGGAAGAUUCCACGGUAAAGAAAUCACCAAAUCAGAUCUCUGGUGGUUUUGAGCUGAAUUUUGCUGCUUUACAUUUCAAUAAAAGGACAGGAACGAGAGAUCGAGCUCAUAAUAAUGUCUAUUCUAAUGUGAUUUACUCUCCUUUUUCUUAAAUUAUAAAUAUCAUACAAUACCUUGAACAUACAUCAUUUGUGUUGUGUAUAUUUUGUUACAUCUGAAUAGAAAUAAGAUUAAUUCUAUGGUAAAUUAAGAUAGAUCUUUACUUAAAGAAUUGUAGGUCAAGGUCUCAAA